GCUGGCAGAUUGCACACAUUUUGCUUACUGGGUAUCUUCUUUUUCUAUCUCUAACUGAAUGGUAUUUAUUUAUAGUUUGUCUCAUUUGCGACAACACUUCCGUAAAUAUGUGUUUGCUGCGUUGCCAUUAAGAUUGUUUCCGUUAGGUACACAUAUGGGGGCACUUCAACAUGAAGCCGUAUCAAUGUACAGCGUGCAUUUUCGCAACUGUGACUCUCAGCAAUAUCCGUUGCCACAUUAGAAAAAAUCAUCUAAAACUCAAGCCGUAUCUCUGUCAGCAAUGCACGAAACGGUACACGUCCUCCGUGCUCCUGCAAGAGCACAUGAAUACUCAUACCGGUGCACGGCCAUACAAGUGUGGGGAGUGCAAUUUCGCCAGUAGCAGUCGGCAAGCUUUAAGUAAUCAUAAAGACACUCACAAAUUGAACAAUAACUUACCUUGCUCCGUUUGCAAUAAGAGCUUUUCCUCGCGCGUGAGAUUACGUGCGCACAAACGUAUUCAUAACGCUAAUAGGAUAAUGUGCGAGCUCUGUCGGGUUCACUUGUUGAGCGAGAAAGCUCUGGAGGAGCAUCGAAAGAAAGUGCACUCACAGGAUUACAUUUGCAACGUGUGUCAGAAGACGUUUAAAUCCAGGAAGGCAUUACACAAUCAUAUGAAUGUUCACGCAGAGGCCAAGUACAAAUGCAACAUAUGCUUGAAUACAUAUAAAAGUAAACAUAUCUUGUCUGAGCACAUCCUGAAACACGAAGGCAUACGAAAAUACAACUGCUCUGUUUGUGAUAAAACUUUUGCGCAAAUGUCGCACUUGGCUGCUCAUAAGAAGGUGCACGGUUCUCCCGGCUACAAGUGUGAAGGUUGCAAAAGGGAGUUUAAUCGUCGCGACAAUAUGAAAAUUCACAUGAAGCGAUGUGUAGCUUGCAAAGCUUUACCGGCGUAGAUGUUUAAUUUAUUAGCUUAGCAAUUAAUAAUUAUUGAUUACAACAUAGUUUAAGAUUUUUAUGUUUUAUUUGAAGUUUUAUUCAUCAUAAUCAAAUAAGUUAUAUUAUCAAGAUGAUCGAUCAUAACUUUUUAUCUCUUGUAAUUUAAAUUUAUAAAAUUGCUUUGAGCAUAUAAUUGCUUUGCUAGUCUCAGUUUACCAAUAAUUUAAUUGUGAUAAGAAUUGUCAUUGUAUUUAAAUGACGAUUUUUUUCUAAUUCUAGUUUCAAUUAAUUAAAAGUGUAGUUUAUUGGUUAAUUGUCAUUUUUACAGAAAUAAGAAAAAUCUCAACUUAAUCAAGAUUCGAAAAAUAAGAUUUAGAAAUAGUAACGGGAAGUUCCUACAUCAUGUAUUGUUACGUCGGUGCCACUUAGCUCCAAGAAAAGACUGUCUGAGUUUUAAAAAUUUUUUAUUUUAUUUUCAUAUAUGAUAUUUUGUAUUUUAUACAUUUUACAUUACAAGGUGAUACAUCUGCUUCUCCGUCCUACUUGAUAAGUACUCGAUUCUCGACGACUCGAUGUAUACAUAUUUUUAUAUGCAAAAAUGCAGAUUGCAUAAGGGUUUGUGCAUUCUGAUAAUUCAUUGAAAAGAAUCUUAUACGCUUUUAGAUCAUGUUUAAAAUAUAUGUUUAUUUUACUAUUGUUUGUACAGAUAUCCGUAUGUAUCAGCUUCAUGUUGAUACUGACAAUUUUAAAUAUUUAAUUUAAAAAAACCAAUUUGCAAAUUUUUAAAUGCCUUUCAAAUGUCAUAUAGUCUUUUUCAGAUUACAUACUGUUUUACUAUUGAUAUGUUCUCGCUAUUAGAGUUACUAUAAUCAGUUUGAAUAACAGGAUUUAGGCAAAAUCUUGCGAGAGAGUGAGACAUGCGCGAUCUCUCUCUCUCGCUCUCCUUUUCUAUCUCUAGUAACUCUAAUCGCCAUUAAAGUUUUACGGAAAUAAGAAAAAUAUUAGCUAGAUUCGAAAAAUAAGACUUAUCUUAAAUAGUAUCGAGAAGUUCCUACAUUUUUUGCGGCCAGAAGACAAAGCAGAUCAGUGAGUGCUCAGUGAUUCUUUAUUAUGCUUGGUUUCUGCACUUAGAUCCAGCGACGUUCUAAAGGCAAGAAUCAAUUAUAUUAAACAAUCAGUAAGCGCUCACUGAUCUGCUUCGUCUUCUGAACGCAGCCGUUAUGUAUUAGUACAUCGGCGCCACUUGGCUCCAACAAAAGACUGCCUGAUUUUUAUAAAAUUCUACACUCUACUUUUAUACAUAGUAUUUUUGUAUGGUAUUUUAUACAACAUUUUACACCGAAUUGUAAUAAAUAAUGAUAAUAAAUUAAUUACAAAUGUU